AUGGCAUUUUUUCAAUUAGUUCUCCAAGCGAGGAAGCUAGAAAAGGCUAGAUUGAGGUACGAAGAUGAGAAAUUGAGAUCGAUUGAGAUCUCCGAGGGUGUCAAGCCGCAUCUGACUUUGAAGCAGCGUCUCCGACGAAAGAGAUUAAAGUACAGAAAGAAGUUUAAGCAUUUCUGGAAUCGAAUAAUUUCCCCUUUAAAACAUAUAUGGAUUUAUAAAAAAAUGAGACUUCUUAGCGUAGACGGUUCGUUUGAAAAUUAUAUUCUGAAGAGUAUUUUUGGAUUCUUGUUCGGCAUAUUUCUUACAUAUAUGUUUUUCGUGUUCUUCGUGAUUCAACUAAGUUUUACUCUCUCGUCCGCAACGAUAUUGUGCUCGAUCCUCGGAAUGAUUCUCACACUCGGUUUAGCGUUUUCUCAUCGCGUAAGGUGUAUCGUGUUUCUAUUGCUGCCGCAGUUCUUUUCUAAACGUGGCAGACAGGCCUUGAUGGCCUAUGCCUUUAUUCUAACACUUACCGGACCGGCAAAGAAUAUCUUGCAUAAUAUUAGUGUCCUUUCGGAGUCUUUAGCCUGUGGACAGGAACAAUUAAAGCAAGCCGUGAAGAAUGUAGUUGAUUUAAUAAAAGAACCCUUCUAUGCUUUGAGAGACGCGAUAUCGAAGGUAAUAAAGGCGGUAAAGGUGGUCGUGAUGAAAAUUAAGCGGACUCUCGUGGCUAUCAAACGACUCGUGUUAAGUAUACUAAGAGUGAUCACAUCGGUUUUCCAAUGGCUGGGCAGCAUUGUGAAUAUUUGCAACAAGAAGCUGGGUACGCCGUUCGACAGGUGUCAGAGGGUCUUUGAAGGUGCGGUAGAUGACUGCAAGGCGAAGCUUGGUCCCCUUUUCGGAGGGAUUUGCAAUCUGGCGUACGUCGUCGGUGCUUUGUGCUACGUAGUGAAACCUCUAGACUUCAUCUGCAUACUCGUAUCUUAUGUCGCCGAUACUAUAGUUAACGCUGUACAGGAAAAGAUCAAAAGAUUCACUCGCCACAUAAAAGCGAUGUUCUACGUUAAAGUGAAAUUUUCGCAUUCUUUCCAUUUUGAGACAAAUCAAACUAAAACCAUCGAAGACGUAUCAACUGGUAUAAUUACAGAGAUACGAGCGAGGACCGAUAGAUUUUUAGCUGUAUUUGAUUGGAUGAGUUUCACGACCACUUUCUUUAUUUUCUUCAUGCUGCUAAGGAUUUUGCAUUAUCGGCAUAAAUGGCUGACGAGCGAUCGCUUCGAUAAUCGCUACUUGACUGAUGAUCUGCGCACUAUCGAUCUAAUAAGAACACGUCAGGAUAAGGAAACCAUUUUACCGUUAAACCGCCGCGAAAGAAAUCAAUACAUCCCACUGACGUCCGUCACUCUGAUCAAAGUAGAAAAAAUAAAGCUCGCGAAAUCUGCAGUUUUUUUGAGCUUAACGAUGUUUAAAAUCUGCAUUCAUAUGAUGGCGGACUACAGUCUUUAUUGGAUUCUUAGCACUAUUAGGUAUCACGGACGGAUCGAAACAAAGGUCCAACGACCCAAUUUCGUGGGCGUCCAUGUGUCUGGUGACGGCUAUCUCGCCGACCUUUAUCGAAGCAUCGUGAAAGCCUUCACGCCACACGCAAAGGAUACAGAGAUCGAUGUGAUACCCUGCCUCCCAGAUCCCAUCCCUCCAGAUUUAGAUCGGUAUACGCAGAUUGUGACGUUGAUCGCCUUCUGCUGGAUUAUGGCGAUAUUCGAACCGUACGGAUUACGAUUGCGGCAUGUCGUGUUGUGCAAAUAUUAUCCGGAAAGAGCAAAGCAAAGAGCUGCUUGGUUGUAUAAUCAUAUAAUUAGAUCGAGAGGGAGCUUUCUGAAAUUUGCACGACGCCAGUUGCGCCGCAAGUUCGGCAUGACUGAGGGCGAGAGAAUCGAGAGAGUCACGUUCAGAGAACGAUGUCUGGCUAUUUGCCCUUUCCUGAACAAAUUGUUCCCUCAAAAGCAGAACGUGUGUCUCCUGUGCGGUUCCGUGGAACGUUCCGAUCGGGAACCGCACAUUAAAUGCGCCAUGCCAGGCUGCCUCGGUUUAUUCUGCAUCCAAUGCUUCGCGGACUUGCAGAAUCUCUGCACGAUUUGCCGAUCGCCUAUCGAGUACGGCGAUUUGUCGGAUAUUAGCGAGGAGCGAGAUUCAUCAGAUGAUCAAUUGAUUGCAAGAAAGGAACCUGUGCCAGUAAGUACUUAUGUCGAUGAAAAAGAAGAACCAAUUGUAGAAGAAAAACCAAAAGAAGAAGUAGAGAUAAAAAAAGAAAUAGAAGAAGAAAUAUCGGAAAAAAGAGUACCAGAAGAAAUAAUACCGGAAGAAAAAGUGCCAGAGGAAAAAAUACUGGAAAAAAGAAUAUCUGAAGAAAGGAAAGAGGAAAGAACAGUUGUUGAAAAGAAGAAUGUAGCAGUCCAAACGGACGAUGAUACCAGUGGAAGUAGUUCUGAGUCGGUCUAUAGUUAUACUUAUCAAGAAGGAUCACGAGAGAUCGAAGUCGAGCAUCGGAGAAUACCAUUCAAAGACAUCGAAGCGCAAAAAAUAAGAGAAGACGUUACGAUUCAAAUUUUUAACGAGCCAUUGGCGAAGGAAGUUACUUCGAGCAGCGAGGAUCCAACGUCCUGUUUCAUGGUGAGAGCUCGUAGGAGGCUUCGUACCAGGUUGAAAAGGAAAUCCUGCUCUUCCCUGCGCAAGAACGAUUCCAGCUCGUCUACGUCAAUAGCGGACACCGAGUCUUGCGCUACACAAGAGCUAGAUGAGGAAGAGGUAAUUCACAUUGAGAUAGACGACGGCUCAAAGGAAUUACUCUUAAAAGACGGUACUGCCAAAGCAAGAAAACGAAGUAGUCGCGUAGGAAGAAUCCUUGCUGCACUAACGAAAAUUUCUUGGCUCGGUAAAAGAACGACGACCGACAGCGACGGCGAAUGGCGAAUGAGAAAACCGUCUCUCCUAGAUAGAAUAGUACGGAUGCUUUCUGGAAAUCAAUCUACCUCGCCCGUACAAACGUAUCGACGAAUUCGCACUACGAAAAAAGAUGCGAAGCAUAAGAGCUCUUCCUCCGUUUCCUCGUCUUCCACCGACGAAGAGAACGAACAGCACGCACUCUUAAAGGCGUACGAUCGGCAAGUAAAUUGUUUACAAAUCAUCUCAGAUCAUGACGAUUCCGAGGAUAAUAUUUACAGCAGAAAUUAUGAUUCGCAUCGUGCACGACGCGGAACGAUCUGCCGCCAACCAGAUUCUCACAUGAGAGCUGACGAUGUAAAACUGAGACAUCCUCACGAGAAGAAAUUUACGAUGAAAAAGUUACCAAGAUAUCUUCAACCAAUUUCAAAGGAUACGGCGUACUUUGAAGUGAAUGAGAUUAUAGAUUCGCAAUCGAAACGAGGAUGUGUUCGCCCGACAGAACGCGUUAAUAUUUUACCAGAUACCAGAAUAUUCGACAAUCAAAAAUCAGACAAAUCAAACGUCACUAGUGAUGAUUACUCUCAAAUUCCUUGCUCGUGCAUGUCGCAAACAUCUUGCGAUGUCAAAGAUAGCAUAAGUCAAUCGGACGUGAGUGUUACAGAACAAUGUAACAAAAUGUCUAAAACAGACGCAAUGUCAGAAACGGAAUUGUUGACUACUGAUUGGGAAAGAUUAGAUCAAAAAAAGAAAGCAGAAGAAAUUGUCACUACGGAAGAAACAUCAAUAGAUAGUGAAAUAGAACAACAAAGAGCUAAAGCUUUAAUCGAAAAUAAUCGAAGGGGAUCGUUAGCGAAAAAUAGCAAAACAAUUGCGGAGUUAAAUAAUUUUGCAGAAGAAAUAGGUGUGAGAAAAUACUUUGCCAAAAAGAAACAAACUGAAGAAUUAUCUAGAGAAAAAAAAGCCAGAGAAGAAGUAAUAGCAUCAACUUCGGAAGUAAAUGAAAAAGCUCGAUUGUACGAUCCGUUGGCUAGUUCAGAGCUGUACAGCGUCACGUGCCAAGUAAAAAGACGCGAAAAACCUGCCAUGGAAAAAUUAACGAAGCAAUCGGGAACGGCAGAAAUACGUAUUGACGAUAGAAAGUCGGCGAAUUUUGAAGAAGAUAUUGAAAUGGAACAAAAAAGUGUUCAGGUUUCCACGCAUGAAACUAAAAAAUCUGUACCCGAAAAAAGUAUUCAAACAGAUCUGCAAAAAUCUGAAAAAUACAAAAGGUGUGAUAAGAUGUUGCAUAUCGACACGCAAUUUUCCAGAGCAGCUGACUUGAAAAAGAAAAAGAAAAAAGAAAAAAGAAGACAUGAAAAAUGGAUCGAAAAAUAUAAACGUAAACAGAGAGAACCUGAUAGUAGUUCACCACGAAGAAAACAAAAAUAUUGCAAUAAGCCAACACUGAUUAAAGAAAAGCUUUAUGAUAGGAGGAAGCAAGAAAAGAUUUACAGCCGCGAUAUGCAAAUUCAUGGACAUCCCAGUACACGACACACGGAAGACUUUCUUUGUGUAAGUCGCACAAAUUGGUGUCCUGACGACAUUCGAAGACGGAGAAGAGUCGUUCCUCCGUUAAGAUCAGUAGCUGAAUUAAGAGAAGAUCGUCAAACUCAGUGUAAUCUUCGCGACAGGGAAGAUACUCAAAGCAGAAAAGAUGAUGCCUACGAUCUGAAGUCUGCAAACAAGCCAGAAGUCUGGUCUUGUCAUGUUCAGCCACAAUUUACAGCACCUGAACAAAUAGCUUGCUAUCAAGAUUAUCAACGGAAACUUUUGAGUUCAUAUAAUAAUGAUUUAUCAGAAAAGAAAUCACAGCAAAUAAAAAAGAAGUACGAUGUUAAUAUACGUAAAACCAGAUUAGAAGUACCUAUGUUGAAGAAAUAUCUACCCGCAUAUCAAGCGCCAGGUUUAAUAGAAGAGCUGAAAGAACACGAUAGAAUGAGAUUAAUUCAAGAACGAGAAGCUAGAAGAUGGACGGCUUUGAGCGCUUUUCGAAGUACGAGGGAUUCUCCCUCGAGUACAAAAUCGAAGAAGUGGGCAUACGGUACUUCUGUAAUGUGCGAUGCUCAUGAAAGCGUUAGCAGAUUAACUUCGGUCUCCACAAGACUGACCGAGGGGAAUACCCUUCCGUAUCAAGAAACGCAAACUUUCAAAGAUGUGGUGCGAGAGUUUCGGAAGAAAGUGAUGAAAGCCGACAAGCCUUUAAUAUCUUUAUCUCAGCGCGCAGACAAAUGUAAUGAUCUGAAACAAUUAUUUCCUCCCAAAAAUGACCAUGUAGGAAUUACGACAACGUCGAAGUUUGAGAAAGUUGUAAACAAGUUUAAGGAUCAAUACGUCGGUCUUCGCCGAUCAGCCGAAAGCAGGAAGGAGAGAAACUCUGGAAGCUUUAGCGUGAACGAAGAGAAGGGAGAGAAUAUCAUGAAAGAACAAGAGCCGGAAAAUAAGGCGGAAAAUGAUAACAGAAUGCCGGAGGCGAAUUGCGCGUGCACUUCGGAAACGUGCGGAGAGAAAAGGAUCAAGCGAGAGAUUUGCAUGGAUAUAUUGGCGAAAAAGAAGCUACUCGCGCACGAUAAAGGUAUCAGUCCAACAAGGCUCAGUAGUGAGAUGAUCAACAAAGAAAUAAACGAUUCCCUUAAACAGAUCAAUAAUUCUAUUAAAGAUGCUAUGAAAACCCUCGUGAAAACUUCAAUGGAAGAGAAAAAGUCGAUUUUGCCCUGUUCAAAGGAACCUAAAGGAAUAUCCGAUACAUGUCGAUCCCGCGCACUAGAAGAACAUUGCAAGGAAUCACUCAACGUUUGCACCAAUCGACAAACUACAUGCCAUGUUUCACGGCAGCGUGAUAAAUUAUCCACGCAUGACAGUUCGUAUAUGUGCAAAAAAAUGUACGAGAACGCAAUACCAUUACCAGUACAAAAUAAAGUUAACGGUGAAAGAAAGAGCAAAAAGCAUUCGAAAUCAGCGAAUAAUGUAAAUACCGAUAAUCGCAGAAUGACCGGGAAUGUCAAUAUCUAUAUUUGCUCAGAGACUAAUGACAGUAACCAGUGCAGCAGUUGCCUAAUUUUAUUCAUGAGAAAAGUGAUGAUAACGUCGUUCACGAUAACGGAACAUUACAGCACAGGAUCAAACGUCCGAUGCAAAGACGCUACCUCAUCAACCAAAGACGAUUACUACUGCAAAGAUACGGAUAACAUAGAUCUUCAACAGGACUCGUCAUACUUAACGGUUCCAUGUUCAAGUUUCAGCGCGUGUAACAAUACCAAACAUCCAGAGUCUUGGAUGACCACGUAUCCUUCAGAACCAAAAGCCAGGCUAGACGACAAUGGUGUCUUCCUGUCAAGAGCGAUUUGUACCGGUGUGGAACAAAGGAAUUAUCGCAAAAAUAACGAUCGCAAUAAUAAUGUUCGCGGAAACGAUAGCGAAUGCACCAUGUGUCAUGCGGUCGAUGGUAGCAGGUGGUUACCGAAAUCGAUCUAUAAGAAGUGCGCAUUCGGCGAGGAACCUAGAGAGUAUUUCGCAGACGGUUGUAAAUAUCGAAAUAAAAUAUUCCAGGAUUCAUCAAUAAAUCACAAAGAUAUACGGAAGAGGCAGACAGGAUAUAAACGCUUGCAACAACCUCUCGGAAGUUGCCAAAGGGAGGUAAUAGCUCGACGAUGGUCCACGUGUAGUUGUAUUGCGGAGGAGGAUGAAAAUUAUUGCAAGGACAUUAAGAAAGACAAGAAAGAGCUUCCUCAAAAUGUGUGCAAUGUCGCAGAGAGUCUAGAAAAAAUAUCUAUUUGCCGAUCACCUAGAAAAUUAAUCGAAAGUGUAACUGUAUGCGAAACGUCAUGUGGCGAUGAGAAACGUUUUGAAAAAUUACGAACGUGUAAGAAGAAAGAGGAACAUUUGAAGGACACUAGUGUAUAUAAAACAAGAUUUGGAAAUUCGGUCGAACCUCCGAAAGUAACAAGAGUCUGCCAGGAAUUCGUUACUGAAGAGCUUCCGGAAGAUAUCACAGUUCGCAAGACAGCGUUUGGAGAACCGAAUAGACUCCCGGAAGAAGAAAUAGUUUACAAGGCGGAGCGUUCUGACUCCAAAGAUAACCCAAAGGAAACAAUUUGUAAGGAGAUUCUCGAUUCAAACUUUGCCAACCAAGACGAUGUUAACAGAGUAUCCCUAAACGAUGUAAAAGAUAAACUUGUGGAAGAAAGUACAACUAGCUCGAACUUAAAUAGUCCGGAAAAGAAUGCUGGCAAUAAAAGAAUGGUAAAACCAAAUAAUAAGCAUGAUAUUGCUCUCAAUAGUUUUAUGGAACAACAAUCUAUUAAUGUAGAGCAAGAUGAGCAAAUAAAUAAAAUGAUGAAUAAUCGAUCGAAAAAUGUUCCUCGUACUCCCAAUGAAUCAAUUAAAGACUCUAAACCAUUGUCAAAAAAUGUUUAUUCUACAUUACCACGCGCGCAGUUUUAUAAUCGCUCGAAUCUUGUAUCUAAUUUCAGUGUAGAGAAAACAUCGAAAUUUCGUAUUAAUCAACAAAGAAUGCAAUCGCUUAAUCGAUCAAUGAGGAAUCACUUUCAACAAUCGAAUAAUCCUACACAAAAUUUGAUAUCAAAUAAAAAUAAUCAACAGGAAGAAAAAACGUUAGGAAAUUCGGAAGAAAAAGAAGAAAGGCAAGAUAUUUCAAAAGAAAUGAAAACGAUUGAUGACAAACAGGGAGAGUCACUUUUACAUCGACAAUUUAAAAAAUUAAUCGAUGUAAUUAGACGUAAGACAUUUAUCACAGACAGAAUAGAAAUAGGAAAAAUUGAAGCAAAGGAAACAAUUGCUGAUGGUGAAAGAGAUGUUGAACAAUCAGAAAUUGCUUCGGAAAUAGAGGAUAAAAUCAAUGGUACAAAAGACCAGCGAGAGAUUAUUAAAAAAGUGCCUAUAUCAAUGAAACCACUACAAACAGAGAUUGCAGAUAAAGGAAAGAAGAUGGAUAUUCAAAGAACAGAUCAGACAAUGCCUAAAUUACUACGUGUCAUCGCAGCGAAGAGAUCGCAUGUUCUACCAAUUGUAGUAACAACUGAUUCUAAACCCCGACAGUCCGAAGUACUAUCUGUUCCUGCUGAAAAAAUUACAACUCAUGUCGACCAAGAGAAACUCUCAGAAGAAAAAGUAACUUUGCAGGAACAUAGUCCUGUGGAAGUUACGAAAGAAAUAAAAGUGAAUGAUGUAAUUAUGCCUAAAAUGGAUGUUGCCACAAUCGAAGAUGCUCCAAAAGAUAUUGUUGAUGAAAAUAGAGUUUCCCAAGAUAUUCUGAAUGAUACAACAAGAACUUAUGUCGCUUGCCCGCAGAAAAAAACAGACGAAAAAUUACAAAAACUUAUUCUUUGUAAAUGCGGUCUACCUUCUGAUUCAAAUGAUUCUUUGUGCUCGAUUGCCAAGUAUAUGAAAGACCGUGUGCCUUGUCUGCAGAAGAAAUCGGAAGAGGAACCGCAAAAAUCUGCCCUUUGUACGCGCGAAUUACUUUCCAAUUCGAAUAAUUAUUUAUAUUCCAUUGUUAAAUGCAUAAAGUGCAAUAAUAUUAUUGAUAAUUGUCCUUGCAAAGACAAUAGAUUUGAACAAAACAAAUUUUACUGUGCAUAUUGUCGUUUAGCAACCUUGCAAUGUAUCUGUACAUUAAAUGUAAAGAAUUGCUUGAAGACUGAUAAAUCAAAAUUUCAAGGUACAUCACCUUCAAAGAUCAGCUCCCAAAUCUGCAUAAAUUAUUAUAUAAAAAAGAAGAAAGAACACAAGUGCAGAAAGACCACGACUUGUUGCCAUUCUCACGAAGAAUGUAAAUGUAGAUGGCGUGCAACGCGCGGCGAUUUUUCAAGAAUUAUUGAUAAAUGCAAGUGUGAGUCACAAGAAAGGUGCAGUAACUGCGGUAAACUAAGAAAUCAAUGUUACUGUGCUACAUUCACUUUAGUAAAGUGCCAUAAGAACAAGAAAACCAGCAAUCGCAAGAGGACAAUGAUUUGUCUAUACUGUGAUAACCCUCGAGACAAAUGCACAUGCAGAGCACCAAUCGGAAAGUGCUUGUAUUGCGGAUUGCCAUCAGAUGUUUGCAACUGUCAAGGUGACCAGGGUCACGUUCGUGAGUCUGAACAGAUUGCUAAAAGACUGAAUGAGAAUCGAACGAUUUGCGUCACCAGCUGGAAACCGAAGAGGGAAAUCAGACGAUAUUUCGAAAGAAACUAUAAAGAUUUCGAGCCGUAUUUCACUAAGAAAUGUCAGUGCUGCAAAAAGCCAAAGCGACAACAUCCUGAGGAACUACCUUAUCAACGGCUAAAUGUUUUCUCAGAAGUGAUGAAUGAACUGCAACAGAAGAUGAGCGAGUCCGUAUGCUGCGCACGAUGCUGGAGAAAUCCUUGUUGUUGUGGAUUGCCGGUCGAUGAAGAUAAGAGAAAGGAAGAAAGGAAAGCCGAAAAUUGUCUCAAUCACGCCAAAAUAGGAAGGUCAUCUGAAAGCAAGUCACCAAAGAAUUACCAGUGUAAUCGGAAUUCUAGAAACGAGCGUAAAAGCACUGCUGAAAAAUUGAUACCAAUUCAACAUAUUGGUUGCGUUUGUAAAUUAACACCGUACAAAUUCAAUUGUAAGAGACCGCUGGCAAAAUGUUAUUACUGCAAGAGUCUGCCUUGCACUUGCAUUACUGUAAAAUAACCAAAGCCAUGCAGGUACUUAUUCGAUGAUUCAUCGAAUGAAAGCAAAGAC